GAUUUCAAGCUUCGAGCUGUUAAGAAAGUUCAUUUGAACCAACAAACACAAAACCUCAUAAAAUAAGCAACAUGAAGUUCGCCGUUUCCGUAGUCUUGUUCGCUUUGGCCCUUGGCGCUGCCCACUGCUCGGUCGUACCAUUGAUCAGCCAAAUCAAUGGCGCCGUUUUGGCCUCACCACUUGGUUCCGUUGCCGUACAUGCCGCCGCCGUGCCAGCCGUUGUCGCCGCCCCAGCGCCAGUACAGAUCAUCACCGCUCCCGCCGUGGUAGCUGCUCCCGCCGUGGUGGCCGCUGAAGGCACCUAUGUGGCUAAGACCCGUGGCGCUGUACAUGUGGCACCACUGCCCGGUCACAUACAAUCGGCAGCAUCAGUGAACUUGCAACCAGCUCCAGGCACUCUCUAAAUAAUUAUUUAACCGAUAGUUAUGAGUAAAAAAUGCGUUUCGAACGGGAAUAUACGCACCUAUUUUAUACACUAUAAAUACACAUACAUCCAUAAUCUGGCCAUAUGCAAUUUAACUGGUAUACCUGCAACAUGUUUACAAUAAUACAUACAUAUAUACAUGACAAUGAAAUGAUAAAAAACGAAAUAAUUUUAGUUUAA